CCCAUCCCUUUGCUGGCGCUGCAAAGAUGGCCGAGUUGGACAUCGGUCAGCAUUGCCAGGUGGAGCACUGCCGGCAGCGAGGUGACUCGGAGUCCCCGUUCCCUGGUCGCGAUAGAUCCAGGGUCUGCUUUGGCGCCACGGAUGGUGGCGGCGGAUUUCCUUCCAUUUUUAUGUGAUGGUUGUUCAGGAAUAUUUUGCCUUGAACACAGAAGCAGAGAGUCACAUGGUUGUCCAGAGGUAAUAAUCAAUGAGAGAUUGAAGACUGAUAAACCUAAAUCUUACCCAUGCUCAUUCAAGAACUGUGUUGAAAAAGAACUUGUGGCAGUUAUAUGUCCUUACUGUGAGAAGAACUUUUGCCUAAGACAUCGCCAUCAGUCAGAUCAUGAGUGUGAAAAACUGGAAAUUCAAAAGCCCCGAAUGGCUAACACUCAGAAACUUGUAAAAGACAUUAUUGAUUCCAAGAAAGGAGAGACAGCAAAUAAACGACGGAAAGGUGCCAAAAAUAGCGAAACAGCUGCAAAGGUUGCAUUGAUGAAGUUAAAGAUGCAUGCUGAUGGGGACAAGUCAUUGCCACAGACAGAAAGAAUUUACUUUCAGGUGUUCUUGCCUAAGGGGAGCAAAGAAAAAAGCAAACCCAUGUUCUUUUGCCACAGAUGGAGCAUUGGAAAGGUCAUAGACUUUGCAGCUUCUCUAGCCAGUCUUAAAAAUGACAAUAACAAAUUAACAGCUAAGAAAUUAAGGCUAUGUCACAUUACUUCAGGAGAAGCCUUACCCUUGGAUCAAACUUUGGAAACCUGGAUUUCUAAAGAGGAUUACCCUUUAUAUAAUGGUGGAAAUAUUAUUUUGGAAUAUCUUAGUGAUGAAGAACAGUCUUUAAAGAAUGUUGAUUCAUAUUUGGAAUAGUCACUCAAGAAUUCAAACUAGAAAUCACACAGAAAUUUUUUAUGUACUUGGUUAUGUCAAUUUAUUUUACUAUAGAUGUUUUUUUAAUUUUUAAAAGUUGCUUUUUAAUGUAUUUUCAUUUUUUCAUAAUUUAUAUUGUCUACUAAAUUUGGGUUUUUAUGUUUUAAAGUUUAUGUGCUAAAACUCAAUUGUUAGCAAUUUUUUAAAAUUAGAUUUUAUUAGUUGAUACUGUAGAAAUAUCAGCAAAGGUAUGUUUCCCAUUUGGUUAAUGUCACUUGUUGAUUGUGCACUGCUCCAUCUCAUUUUCACUCCAGUAUCCAAGCUGAAGGAACAACCCGCUUUUGGGGGACUUUGCCUUUCUUAUGGCAGAAGAAGGAGAUGGUAGAUAUUUGGUCAGCUCUUAAAAGAUACCUAUGUCGCUUUGGCUUUAAACAAAUCGCAUGUAAAGCCUACUAUUAUGGAACCAGAAAGUACAGCUUUACUUUCUGCCUACAUGAUGUACACAUUGAUGUGUACAUAAAUUAUGUAGAUUUAGAGAUCACCUCAUUUAGUCUUCUAAAUUUUUGAAUGAGGAAUCUCAGGCCUAAGAAGAGAAACUUAUUGCCUUGGUUAUCAUCUACCUGCAUUGGGGUGUUUCUGAUAAAGAACCUCCUCCAGUAGGAUUCAUCUUUAUUGUUUGUAUGAAAUGUACUACAAAUGAGAGGGAUGAUGGGAUAGCCCAGCCUUAUUACAGUCUUUGUAUAUGUAUCAAAGCAAAACAUCUGCUAACAAAUACUACAUUUUACCAACAAACUGAAUUCAAUGUUUUUGAUGUUUUCUAUUAUGCUUAACAAAGUACUACUUUGCAGAAGGAAUACAAAUUAUUUCUAUAUGUUCUUUGUUUUCUAUGCUAAUCAUGGACAUGUACAGUGGAUUUAAGUUUAAAGGAAUAAACUCUGUUCAUUUGGUCUA